CAUUAGUUGCAAACCUGAACUCACGAUCCCUCAACUGAGAGAAAGUCUUGAACACCACCCACGGCGAACCCGAAAGGAGCACCAAAGAUGGGAUACAAUGUCGCUCGCUUGGUACUAGCGGCCCUGGCUGUUCUCGUCGUCCAACGGAAACUGGGAGCGCAGGCACGCAGAAGAGACAAACGCAUCACGCGCGAACACGAGCGCGUCCUCAUCCUCGGCGCCUCCAGCGGCGUCGGCCGGGCUGUCGCGAAACGAUAUGCAGCCCGUGGGGCGCUCGUCUGCGUCGUCGCUCGACGUGCCGACGAAAUUGCCAACUUGGCCAAGGAGUGUGGGGAGAAGUGUAUAUGGCACGUUGCGGAUUUCAGCAAGGUCGACGACCUGGUCGGCCUGAGGUCCCGACUCGACAAGGAGUGGCAGGGCCUGGACACCCUGCAUAUCUGCGCCGGCGUAUCGGCCCUGCAGCCCAUCAUGGCUCUCACUGGGAUCAAGUCCGCUGAGGAGGAUGCAGAUGCUGCGGGGAUCCAAACGGCUGUCGACAUCGCCGGACGUGCUGUCUCGGGCAACUUCAAUGGACCGCUGACCUCUGCUCUGACAUUCAUCCCCAUGUUGACGAGGACGUCCAAGUCACCGUCGAUCCUGCUCGUUUCCUCGGUGGCAGCGGUCAUCCCGGCGCCCACCAGAGCCCUUUACGCGGCGACCAAAGCCUCCUCCUUGUUGUUAUUCCAGGCUUUGGCCAUUGAGCACCCCAAGAUUGCAUUCACCCACGUCCUGCCCGCCACCAUCGAAGGGAACUUCCGGGCAUCCGCGGUGGACUCCGGCCCCGUUAGGGAGGACGACCCAAACAAGCAUGGAUUGAAGGUUGGAUACGUUGCUGAGAGGUGCAUCAGUUCGGUCGACGGCGGCGUCACAGGAAACGUUUUGUUGCCCAAGUUUCCGUACGCUAUCGCGCAGUAUCUGUAUCUGUUGUGGCCUUCUUUCAUUGAGGGCCGGGCACGUAAGAAGUACAACUUUGAGGCAUAGGCUGGCCUCGACGCCAGCAAUAGUAAGAGCCGCGUUACCAUUAAAUCGACGCCGUGGGAGAUCCCCCUCUUAUGGUAGGCAGCAAGUUUGCCUCCAGGCCUGGUUUUGCUCAAGGCCGAGAUGACUAGUUCCCCCCUUGUCAAAACACUCACUGGCUGCAGCGAAUUCUGAGAAUGUGAGUAGUAGGUAUUGAUACUGUGUAGAUGUACUGCUGCGGUGGCAAGUGUCGCUGCACCGCCACGUUCUACCUGACAUGGAUGGAGGUAGACUUUUUGCCUGUAGCCACACUAUGCUUGUACGCCAUUUAAUGCUGCAGAGCGAAUAUAUGGGCCCCGGAGACUUGAGGAGGCUUGGCGGGAAAGCUUGCGGACGCUUGUUGAGGCUUGGAAAUGCAAAUGAAAGGCUUGCGAGGGAUAACAGCCAAAGUCGAGACACAUCUAGGUCCUGUUUCUGGACCAGAAUCACGUAGAAAUACGUAGUAGUUGCGGGUUCGUUCGGCGCUCUCUCACGGACUCAUGAGUGGUGAUCCGUACAAGGAUGGCCCCCCUGACCCUGACCAAGAAAUCGGAAAGCUUAAGUCGGCCCAGGUCUAAGUGGUGGGGUUGCCAAAGGGCAUGGCAAGGAUACUACGGACUCGAACACGGGUC